AUGGAUGUGUAUGACCCUCAGACCCUGGGUGUGGUGGUCUUUGGAGGUUUUAUGGUGAUAUCAGCCAUUGGGAUCUUCUUGGUGUCCACCUUCUCCAUGAAAGAGACAUCUUACGAGGAAGCCUUGGCCAAGCAACGCAAAGAGCUUGAGAAGACCCAGCAGCAGAAAACAGAGAAAAAGAAGAAAGAGAAACCUGUGGAGAAAAAAGGAAAAGCAAAGAAAAAGGAAGAGAAGCCUAAUGGGAAGAUCCCAGAGCAGCAGCUGACUCAGGAAGCGACAAACUCUCCCAAGGAUGUGGUUCUUGAGCCUGCUGCGGUGCCUGCGCCUGUAGCUGUUGAGUCUCCAAUUGCGCCAGUCUCAGUGGCCCCCCAGGAAAAGGAGAAACCUGCUCCAUCACCUAAGGAGAAGAGGAAGAAGGAGAAGAAGGUGGCAAAGGUAGAGCCUGCUCCUAGCCCAGUGUUGGCUCCGCCUCCUGUCAGCGUCCCCAAAAGCUCUCCUGUCUUGGAAAUGACCCCUAAGGAGGUGCCUAAAACUGAUGGGCUUCCAACCCACGAGGAGCAGAAGCCUGAUGGACCUGCCAAGAAGAAGACCGCAUCCAAGAAGAAGAGUGAGCCAGACUCGGAUGGACCCCUCUACCUGCCCUACAAGACACUCUUGUCCACCAUCAGCAGCAUGGUCUUCAGCGAAGGGGAGGCCCAGCAGCUCAUCGAGAUCCUUACAGAGAAAGCAGGCAUCAUCCAGGACACCUGGCACAUGGCCACACAGAAGGGUGACCCAGUGGCUGUCCUGAAACGCCAGCUGGAAGAGAAGGAGAAGCAGCUCAGUGCUGAGCAGGAGGACGUGGCUGCUGCCAGGAACAAGCUGCGGGAGCUGAGCAAGGAGCUGGCAGCAGAGAGGGCCAAGGCAGCCUCUGUGGAGGGCAAGCUGAAGGAGCAGCUGCUUACCCACGAGCGGGAGAUCACAGCAGUGCAGGCACGCAUGCAGGCCAGCUACCAGGACCAUGUCAGCGAAACCCAGCAGCUCCAGGGCAAGAUCCGGACCCUGCAGGAGCAGCUGGAGAAUGGCCCCAACACGCAGCUGGCUCGCCUGCAGCAGGAGAACUCCAUCUUGAGAGAUGCCCUCAACCAGGCCACCAGCCAGAUGGAGAGCAAGCAAAACGCUGAGCUGGCCAAGCUACGGCAAGAGUGCAGCAAGCUGGUGAAAGAGCUGUCAGAGAAAUCAGAGGUGCUGCAGCAAGUGGAGCAGCAGAGGAAGAGCUGGGAGAUGAAGGUGGCAGCCUCAGAGAAGCAGAUCGAGCAGCUGCAGGCCUCACAAAGGGAGGUGGAGGCAGCCCUGCAGAAGAGGCUGGAUGAAGUCAGCGACGAGCUCCGCAGAAGCCAGACCAGCUACAAAAGCUUGGUAGCAGAUGCAGAAAAGGCCAAAGGACAGCAGCAGAGCAUCGCUGAACUGCAGGCCAAGCUGUUGAGCUCUGAAGCAGAGGUUAAAAGCAAGUUACUGGAGCUGGACAAUGUGAAGGGGAAACUCCAGGAUGCCAGCUCAGAGAACACAAAGCUCCUGGAGAGGAUCAAAUCCAUCGAAACUCUGCUAGAGGCAGGCCAGAGCAGAGAGGCAGAGAAAGACAGAGAAUUGCAGGCAGCAAAUGAAGCAGAAAUGAAGCAGCUGCGGACAAGGCUCCAGGAGAAGACAGAUCAGCUCUCAUCCUUGGAAAGGGAAGCCACAGAGCUGCGAGAGGCAGUGGAGCAGCAGAAGAUGAAAAACAACGAUCUUCGUGAGAAGAACUGGAAAACAGUGGAAGCUUUGACCACGACGGAGAAGGCAUGCGAGGAAAAGCUGCUUGCUGCUACCAAAGCCAAGGAGGAGCUGGCCCAGCAGCUGGACACUCUCCAGACACGAACCAAGCAGACUCUGCUUUCUGCCCUCCCUGGCGUCACCAUAUCCUCACAGCAGGAUUAUGACACUUGGCUGCAAGAGUUUAAGAAGGCCUUGGAGAUGCUAAAGCAACACACAAUUCCAACAGAGCUCCCAGAUUCAGCAGCACUUAAAUUAAAAGAGGCAGAGGAAGCGCAAAGCACUUUACAAGCAGAAUGUGAGCAGUACAGAACUAUCCUUGCAGAGACAGAAGGGAUGCUGAGAGACCUACAGAAGAGUGUGGAGGAGGAGGAGCAGGUGUGGAAGGCCAAGCUGACUGCAUCCGAGUCGGAGCUCCAAAAGUCACAACUUCAGCUGAAAUCCCUUGAAGACAUGGUGGAGAAGCUGAAAGCAGACCUGCAGAGCACAGAUCAGCUAAAGGAAUACACCUCUCUUCUGGAAACACAACUGGAAAAUCACUUGGAAACAGCCAGCUCUGAGCGCCAGAACUACACAAAGGAGGUUGAAGUUUUGAGGCAGCUCUUGUCAGAGUCCCAGGAGCAGCUGGAGGCAGCGACGACAGAAACUCAGAAGCAGAGCAAGGAACUGGCCCUGGUCAGGCAGCAGCUGAGUGAGAUGAAGAGCCGUGUAGAGGAUGGAGAAGGAAUAGUGGGGUUUCAAGCUGCCCCAAGUGAGCCUGCACCCCUCCAGUUGAAAACCCAGCUGGAGCAAAAUGAACUGCUAGUGGAGAAGGAGCAAGUGCUGAGGCAAAAGCUGUCCCUGGAGCUGGAGGAGGCCCAGAAGUCAGCCUGCAGCUUGCAAGCAGAACUGGAAAAGCUGAGACUGUCUGAAAACACAGCAGCUUUGCACACAGAAGAGGCUCAGCAUCUCAAGGAAAGACUUGAAAAAGAAAAGAAAUUAACAAAGGACCUGGGCCAGGCAGCAACCAAACUACAGGAGCUAUGGAAGGUUACCCAGGACCAACUGGCCAAAGAGAGAGAAACAGUGAAGAAGUUGAAAGAAAAGCUUCAGGAAACGGAAGAAGAGGACAACUCAAAGGAAGGGACUUCAGUUUGAUGAGUCUGUGACCUUACUGUUGAACUUACCAAGAUGCC